UCUAAGUGUAUAUCUCUCUCUGAAUUCUCGUUUUCUAUGUAUGUCUAGUAAACUAUUUGUUAUAUCAGAGAUACACAAUGAUUAAAUUAUUUUCGCUUAAACAACAAAGAAAGGAUGGAGAAUCUCCUGCUAAGGCAAAUACUCAGAAGCGAGCGUCAGCUGCUCAAUUAAGAAUUACUAAAGAUAUCAAUGAGCUUAAUCUUCCAAAAACAUGCAAAAUGGAGUUUCCUGAACCAGAUGACCUUCUGAAUUUUAAACUCAUUAUAUCCCCGGAUGAAGGAUUUUAUCGAGGUGGUUCUUUCACCUUCAGCUUUCGUGUUAGUCCAAAUUAUCCUCAUGAACCUCCUAAAGUGAAAUGUGAAACUAUGGUUUAUCAUCCUAACAUUGAUUUAGAUGGAAAUGUCUGUUUAAAUAUAUUAAGAGAGGAUUGGAAACCAGUUUUAACUAUCAAUUCUAUUGUUUAUGGGCUGCAGUAUUUAUUUCUGGAACCCAAUCCUGAAGAUCCUUUGAACAAAGAAGCAGCUGAAGUAUUGCAAAAUAAUCGAAGACUUUUUGAGCAAAAUGUUCGAAAAGCCAUGAAUGGAGGCUAUAUAGGCUCAACUUGUUUUGAACGUUGUUUAAAAUAAUAUAACUUUAAAUUAAAGACAUUUAUCCUUUGAAUUACUUUUGUUCUGAAAUAAAAUUUAAAAAAAUUUGAUAAACAUACUUUCAUAUGCAUGUGCAAAUAUCCGUUCACUUAUAUAAUUUAAUUUACCCUUUAGUGCUUAUAUUUUUCUUCAAUUUCUUUGUAUGAUACUCAUUUGAUAUACUCCAGGCCUUUGUUAAGUAAUAAUUUUCUGCAUUAUUCUUGUUCCCUUGUGGAAGAAAAUUCUUGUUUCCGUUUGUAUUGUUCUAUGAUUUUGCAGGAAACAUUUCUAUAAAUCUAGCUAUAAUUUACCUGGAAAUUGGAAUAGUAUGUGCUUCCAGUUAGAAAAUGUGUGCAUGGUGAUUCAAGUGGUUUAGUAUUUUAUAUAACAGUUAACUGAUUAUUAUUAUCAAACUUAUUAACGUUGAUGAUAAUUUCAUUCUGAGCUCCCCAAAGCACAAUAAAAUCAUUAGAAUUAAUUUUUUUCAGGUGUUAACGAAUUUUCUGUAGUCAAGAUAAUAAGUACUUAAUUUUUCUGUGAGCCCUCUUUGUGUUUUAUUGAAAACUCUUGAAGUCUUGAAUACUCUUUUUUUAUCUCUUGAGAAACAACUUGUCAUUUAACAACAUAGAACAUUUUUUUGCAGUCAUAAGAUCUUAUUACAGGCUGCAUCAAAAUUCAUACAAUAUGUUACAAUUCUGUUAAAAUAGCAGCAGUUUUCAGUUAUUAGUACUUCAAGUGUAGAUUGUUAUGAUAUUCUUUGUAACUCAUAUUUACAUUGGGAGUGCAUUUCUUGAAAUGAUGUUUGAAAAAUAUUGAUUGAGGAACCAUUAGGGAAGAACAUUUAUAUCAUUUCACUGAAUACUCUGCUUGUCAGAACUUGAUGAAAAAUGUCUCAAUCUGGUGUACAGUAUUUUGAUGAUUUGUCCUUGAUGCAUCUUAUUGCAAGAUUUUUAUUUUCGAUGGAUUUGUUUUUGUACUUUUAAUUUGGUGUUUUUCACAAAAGGAAAUUAUUUUAAGUUUAAAGUGGUUUUUUUUAAAGCUAGAUUUACUUUAUUGCAUAUAAAAUAAUGGAUAGAUUUCGGGCUUGGGGGGGGGACAGGAUGUGUUUUUCAAAUAACUUGUUUCUUUUGCUCAAAUAUCAGUCUGGUUGUUUGGAUCUAUACUCAUUUGUUUCAUUCUGCUGCUUUGAUUUUUUUUUUCUUCUGAAAACUUAAUUUUCUUAUAAAAUUCAUUCUGAUAGUAUUUUUUUAUUGAGUAAGUAAUUAAGGAAUCAAUAUUUUUAAAGCAUUUUCCUAAGUUCUUGAAUUUUGUGCAUAUCUUCCGAAGAUUUAUUAACCUGUAACAUUUUAAGACCUUCACUUUAAAAGAAGUUUUAAUAGUAGAUGGUACAUGCAUACUGUGAAUGACGUAAUAUUUUAUUCGUUGUUGAUUUUUCUUAUCGUUUUAGUUUCAGUAAGAAUGUUUAAAAGUCAGUUGUAAAGUAUCGCAAGCAUUCAACUAAAACCAAUGUAAUGAAACAGCCACUUAUUGUAUUAAAUCCUGUUAUUUACUGUCUAUAACUUUUUCAAUUGUUCUUGCAUUUUAUUUGAUUUUACCUAAUUCACUGUAUUAUCCAAUUUUUUCAAAUCUUGAUUUACAUAUAAAUGUUUAUCAGGAAUGUUUGUAUUUCGAUUUGAUAGUUAACUGUGCAAAUAUUAAAGUAUAUCGUUAGGAAGUAGAUUCUUAAUAUGUUCUGAAGUUGAAACGCCUUUCAUUAAAAUCUUUAGAUAUUUAGAUUUAAUUUUCCUAAAUAUAUAUAAUUUGUUAAAUGUGUGCAUUUUCUAAAUACAUAUUCUCAUAGAUUUUAUAUAACAUUUGAAAUGCGUUUGUUUUACCAAUAGCUUCAAAAUAUUUUGAUGAAACUACAAUUAAGAUCUGGCCUUUCUUUCUUUUUGUAUGUGUGUGUAAAAUCUAUUUUAAAAUAUUAUGAUAGAAAGAGAUGUUUGAUUCCAUUAAAAUGUGCAUAUUACGUUUUAUUAUUAUUAUUAUUAUUAUUAUUCUUGUGAAUCUGCAUGAAAUAUCUUUGUCCGAAAGUAUUUAUUUCCCGCUUUUGGAAAUAUCAGUAAUAAUUGACUGCUUAUAUAUAUCUUGGGGCAUAUAUCUUUCAGACCAUUGGGGCAUAUAUCUUUGACCAUUGAUGGUAUUAAAAGUAUACCAUUGGGCCAUAUAUCUUUGACCAUUGGGGCAUAUAUCUUUGACCACUGAUGGUAUUAAAAGUAUACCAUUGGGCCAUAUAUCUUUGACCAUUGGGGCAUAUAUCUUUGACCACUGAUGGUAUUAAAAGUAUACCAUUGGGCCAUAUAUCUUUGACCAUUGGGGCAUAUAUCUUUGACCACUGAUGGUAUUAAAAGUAUACCAUUGGGCCAUAUAUCUUUGACCAUUGAUGGUAUUAAAAGUAUACCAUUGGGGCAUAUAUCUUUCAGACCAUUGAUGGUAUUAAAAGAAUGAUGUGAUUUAAUAUGUCUGUGUCUGUACGUAUUUAUAACCGAUUAUGAUUAUUAGGUAUUUGUAUGUAAAUAUAUAAAGAGAUUACUCAAAUGCUAAUUUUUAGCCAAAUAUAGAAUGAGUUUUCCAUGCUAAUCUUUUAAAUUUAUUUCCUUCCCAAUUAUAUGCUUAGUUUUCAAUAUUAAUAGGCAAAAUUUAAAGUUUAUUGAAUGAAAAAUGGCUCUUAACAUGUUAUAUUAUUUAAGUUUUGUAGUUAUAUUUACCAUAAUAUCAUUUAAAUAUGAAAUUAUUAAAGGAAAAAGUAAUUAAUCAGUAAAUAUAUAUUUAAAUUUUCUUAUUAUUACAAUGUGUUUAUAAACGUACAUAUAUUAUCAGCUUUAGAAAUUUGACUUAAAAAUAAGGGUCCUUUUAGUUUUAUAUCAGCGAUUUUUUUAAUGAAAUAAAUUUUAUAUUUAAUUUGACAAAUUCCUUCUACUGCUCAAUUUUUCUGUGUUAAAAUUGGUUAUUGUAUUUACUUGAAUUUAUUUUCCUUUGUGCUAAAUAAGUACAUCAAGAGGUGCUAGGAGAGAUUCAUUUUAGAAAUUUACUAAAUUUUAAUUUAUGGAUUAUAAUAGUUAAACAUUUGAAUCAUUUGCUUUGAUAAGAUUUUUACAACAGUGGUAUUUUUUAUUCAUAUUGUAAAUUAUUUUACUAAUGAUAACCAUUCUACCAAAAAAAAUUUAAUUUCAUAGAAUUAAAAAAAAUUCUUAGAUUUUUCUAAAACUUAUUUUUGUUUGUAGCAUGUUACUGUUGCAUCUAAAUGUUUUCACUAUUUGGCAAGCGUAGGAAAAACAUUACUGUUGUCAGUUAACGAAUUUUAAUGCCUGUGUGAUAUAAUGUGUGUUUUACUUUUUAAUGUAUCUUAUAUGCUGUGUGUUCUUGAAACUGUCCUAGUUUUAAAAAGAAACUAAUUCAUGAGAUUGGUUGUUCAUCUGUACAGAAGCAUAAAUUGAAAAGCUUUUUAGUAAUUGUGUAUCAUUUGCCUAUGUGUUAUGAAUUCAUGCAGAAUAAGGAAUUACGAAGUUGAUUGUGCUAACGGAUGUUUAUUUCUAACACCUGCAAUAAAUACUGUGAUCAUUCUUCUAAUUCCUGAUAUCAAUGAUGCAUGUAUUCAAACAAUUAUUACACUUAUGUACGUCUUUUCAAAUCGUUUAUGUGUAUAUAAAACUCAAAAUAGGACUGCCAGAAUUUUUGUUGAGACAUGCAUGUGAAAUAAUCAUGUAUAAUGCUGUGAUCAUACCUAUAUAUAUUUUUUUUCUUUCUCGUUCAUAAAAAAGCAAAUUGUUUACAAUUGCUUUAUUGUAAUGCUGUGUACUGUAUCAAAUUCUUAUGUACAUAGUUAUUUUUUAAUGACAUGUAAAAUGAUUUUCUCAAGUUUAAGACUAGUUUAUGCUGUGAAAAGUUGUUUCAUUUUGUGCAUUGAAGGUUAGUUGAACUUCUGCAAAUAGAUGUCAGUGUUGACUCGUAUUCUUUAAAGGGAUUAUAAAUCCAAUUCUAACUUUUUUUUUGUUAAGAAAUUAGAUUUUAAUCCACAUGGUAAAGAAAUUUCUUAACUACACUCAUAAUGUUUUCCUUUGAAUAAAGUAAGUUUGCUUUUA